AUGAGGCCUUUAUGCUGCGUGCAAUGCCUUUGCAAGUGUGGACACCAUCGUUUUAUCACCAUUUCACUAGAUCACACACACAUGCGCAUCGCCUCAUCGUUGUGCUCACCGUACCCUUAUUCCUCGAGCCGUAGGUAUUGUAUUGCGAAUGCUCAGCCGUGUCCGCACUCAUCUGCUCGGCCUUGGCAAUCGAAUGUUGUUGGUCAUUUGCAUUUCUCAACCGAGUCGCGCCAACUGAGUCGAGUUAGUGAGCAACCGUACACCUACUGCUCGCCUGCUCGCCUGCUCAACUGA